AUGUUGAUGACUUGAUGUCUCUCUAACUGGUCUGCUUUAGCUUCAAUUUAACCUUCUUUGUUUUUUUCUUUUAUAAUCUGGGCUGUUUGGUGUCUGAAUGCGCUAAUUAAUUUGAUUGUUCUCCACAGAAUUAAGCCAUCUAACUAAGGUUUGCAUGUACAGAAAAUUAUGUCUUCUUGUUAUCAUUGAUGAGCUGUUGCUUCUUUCAGUUUUCGUUUGUGUGUGUGUGUGUGUGUUCGUUAGGCGUUUGGGUAAUACACAAUUUCUUUCAUGUUUCUAAGCUUUUUGGAUUUCUCCUCCUUAAGGUAGUUGGCGAUUUGAUUGGUUUAAAAGUGACUGAAGGGGAAAAUUGGCCCUAGAGAAGAAGGGGAAUUAGAAAACCUCCAUCUAAGCUAAGAACGGAGGUGUUUUUUUUUUAAAAUCAUUAUUUGCCUAUUUGCUCUCAGGCUCCUCACUCUAGGUAGGAGCGAACUAAGUCACAAAUUUUUAGUGCGAAUGUGUGAGCGCGAGCGUGAAAGCGUUUUUGAACCAGAUCCAGAAUCACUAAAAUUCGCGAGAGUGAGAAUCGGGAGCACGAGCACAGUGCAAGAAUUGAGAGAAGGAGGGCGUGGCAUUUUGAAGGAUUAUGUGACUAAAGAGAGGCCGGGAGGGAAUGCCCUGCACUCCCCUUGCUCAACUUCCAGUUACUUAGGGGGGGAGGCAUAACAGUUAACACUAAGAUAUCUUCUUUCUUCUACUACACUCUUUGCCUAGCAACACAAAGAACCGCAGCCCGCUAGCCAACAGCAAAGAAAGAACAACAGCCAGAGUCCAUUGAAUCGAGAGUCCGUAUUCGAGUCUUUUUCUUUUGCUUGUGGGUAGUGCGUACUAGACUAUGCGCCCAAUGAUUCGAAGAUUCAAGUGUUCUUGAUGAUUUUCAAGUCUAGAUCUUCACUCCAAUGCUUGGAGCCUGAAGGUAUGUGCCCUAUCCCGAGAAUAUUGCUCUUGGUAAUGCUCUCAAAAUUUGGCUCAGGCAUGGACUUUCCAGUGCACUGAGCUUGCUGUAUGCGCGCUUGGUGCGCACAAGUGCUUGAACAGUUCUUGACUCCUUGCAAACUAGAGAACCAUUUCUCUGUAUUUUCAAACAAAAUGUGAGUGCCCUUCAAGAAUUAUUCGUCAUGAUGAAGCCCAAGUCAAAGCGUGUGCUCACACAACGGUACAAGUGGGCUACACCUAUGCACAUCUCACAUGCGCACAAGUGCUAUGCCUUUUAUGAGCAAUUUUUUUUUCUCCAAAUAUGCCCUGCCUGGCCUAGGAGUAUGUAGAUACAUGUUUCUCUUUUCAUUAGGGUAAGGAGAGUGACCUAAGCCUCCCUCUUGAGUGGAAGAACAGACCCUCUGGGUUUUGUGUGUGGGCGACAAAUCUACUCUUCUUUUUCUCGUUUUGUAGUAAUCAUUUUAACACGACUGGAGUGUACCCUUAACACUGUUUAGUCUUUCAGAACUUUCAUAUUCAUGUACAUUCCACCUAUCCAUUCAUUGGUUGGUUGAUUAGAUUGACCAGUUGAAGAAUGGAGAUCGAGAUUGUGAGCUCGUGGUGGCUAUAGAGUCAAGAAGGACCUCGGCCAGCUAGCACAAGACAUGGAGUUAGGUAAACAUUAGGUAAUGGUUGUAAGCUUGUAAUUCUUAUCUCUUGGUCUCUCUUACCUUUUGAUUCAUAGUGGGUCGUGGUUUCCAUUAAUUCCGGGGACAUAGCCUAGGAUUUCCACCUGAAAUCAUGUGCGUUUCGCUUCUUUUCCAUUUUGCUUAUCUUGAUGGAAUUCCAUCAAGAAUGUUUGAUAUUUAUUAGUAUUUUGACUUGGUAAAAUCUAUGCAUUACUUUAUCGUUUUCUUAUGUCUGGCUUGUUUGUGAAUUAUGCUUAUAGAUGUAGACAUGCAAUCUAGCGUUUUAUAUGCCAUUAAUUGGAAAGAUCUCACCAGCUAGUUUAUAUGCUGUCAUGAUGUCUCAAUUGAUUUUGCUUUACACUUGUCCAUGCUUUUUGCUGUUAAAUUUGACUACGUCAUGAAUUGAUCAGAUUUUAUUCUUGCUACACCCCUGCUUAAUGUCUUUGCAAAUUUUACAGCAGAACUUGUUUGUUGUGAAUGUGCAAUUCUUACUGGAUAUAUAUGGAGAUGGAUAUGAAAACUCGCCUGCUCUGCUGUCUGUGGCUUUGCUGAGUUACCCAUCUUUUCAUCAAGCUCAUCCACUGAAUUUUGGAAUUAUCACAAGGAUCCUUGCUUAAUUUACAAACUUCAAUUAGAAGAGUGCUGGAUAGGAAAGUUGAAAUGGCAAUCAGUGGUUCCAGAAGAAGAUGUCCUCCUACCUCCUUCAUGAUGCACCUUCUUCCUUAUGAUUGCCUAUGUUACAUUUUCCAACUGCUAGACUGCAAGUCGGAUCGUGAUUCAUUUGGCUUGACUUGCUGUCUCUGGCUUCAAAUUCAGAAUUCAAGUCGUCAAUCCUUGUUCCUCAGUCGUUUUCGCCAGCUACGGUCCUUGUCCCUGUCUGGGUGCGAUGAUCUACCUGAUUCAGGCUUAUCUUCAUUGCAAUUUUACGGCUCGAAGUUGCACUUUCUUCGCUUAGAUUAUUGCCGUAGCAUCAGUGACUAUGGGCUUUCCUUGGUUGCUGCUGGGUGCCCUUGUUUGACAAUCAUUAGUCUCUUUCAAUGCAAGAUUAGUGAUGUUGGGUUACAAAUCUUGUCUAAAUCUUGCUCGGCUUUGAAAGAUGUGAACCUUUCUGAGUGUUUCUUUAUUACUGACAAAGGAAUAAGAGCUCUUUCACAAAAUUGCCGUCAGCUUCGUUCAGUCAGUGUCCAGUUGUGUAGAUGGCUCACGGGUGUUGGUUUUGAAGGGUGUUCCGAAACCCUAAGUUGGUUAGACGCUUCAUAUUGUAGGCUUCUACCGGAGGGGGUACGGAGGAUUGUGAGUGGAGGCGGCCUUGAAUAUCUGCGCGUAUCUUGUCUAAGCAAUUGGUGUGGUAUUAUUUAUAAGGAUCAUGGUUUGGCAACUAUUGGGUCAUCUGGACUUGCCAAAAGACUUGCUGUCCUUGAUUUUCAAAGGUGCACAUGUGUUAAUGACGAAACUGUUGUGGCGAUUGCUAAGGGGUGCCCUAUGCUACAAGAGUGGAGCUUGGCGUCAUGUCACGAGGUUAAAUUACCAGGAUGGGAAUCGGUUGGCGCAAACUGCUGUAACUUGAAGAGACUACAUGUCAAUAACUGUCGUAAUUUGUGUGAUCAAGGGUUACAGGCGUUGAGGGAUGGAUGCAAGCGUCUAGAAAUCUUGUACGUCCAUGGAUGUGAUCGAAUUUCUUCCACAGCAAUGGAGGUGUUUAAAAGUUUAAGAGGUGACGUGAAGAUCAAAGAAAAACAAGUGUUUUCCAUUGCACCCUGUUGGCCUUUUCCACGACGAUAGGACAAACUAAUUUCGGAUAGGAAGUAUGACUAAUUUCAUGUUCAAGUCAAAAGCUUCAUCCGAGGGUCUUAAUUAAUUUCUUCAACUUUUGUUUCCGUUUUGCAUGGUAAACUUUAAACAUUAUGUAAUGAUUUUCAUGCGAACUUUAUUUGUGUAAUUUUUUGGUCUUUUGUUUUUUAUACUAUUGAAGCAAUCAGAUACGUUGUAUGACUUGACAAACCAGCGAAAUACAUAGCAGCUGCGGUACUUUGGUUA